AUGGAACCAAAAAAUUUUACACACGUUUCAGAAUUCAUCCUUCUGGGAUUUUCAGAGGACCCAGAACUGCAGCCCCUCCUCUUUGGGCUUUUCCUCUCCAUGUACCUGGUCACUGUGCUGGGGAACCUGCUCAUCAUCCUGGCCACCAUCUCAGACUCCCACCUGCACACGCCCAUGUACAUCUUCCUCUCCAACCUGUCCUUUGUGGACAUCUGCUUCACCUCCACCACCGUCCCAAAGAUGCUGGUGAAUAUCCAGACCCAGAGCAAGGCCAUUACCUAUGCAGGCUGCAUCACCCAGAUGUGCUUUUUUGAAUUAUUUGUAGGGUUGGACAACUUCCUCCUGGCUGUGAUGGCCAAUGACAGGUAUGUGGCCAUCUGUCACCCCCUGCACUACACUGUCAUCAUGAACCACAGGCUCUGUGGAUUGCUGGUUUGGGUGUCCUGGAUCAUGAGUGCUCUUCAUUCCCUAUUACAAAGUUUAAUGGCACUGCGACUAUCCUUCUGCACAGACUUGGACAUACCACAUUUUUUCUGUGAAACUAAUCAGUUGGUUUAUCUUGCCUGUUCUGACACUUUCUUAAACAAUAUGGUGCUGUAUUUUGUAGCUGGGCUGCUGGGAGGUGGCCCCCUCGCCGGCAUCCUUUACUCCUACUCCAAGAUAGUCUCCUCCAUCCAUGCAAUCUCAUCAGCUCAGGGCAAGUACAGAGCCUUCUCCACCUGUGCUUCUCACCUCUCCAUGGUCUCCUUAUUUUACUGCACACUCCUGGGAGUGUACCUCAGUUCUUCUAUUGUCCAAGAUGCAGACUCAAGUGCAACAGCCUCAGUGAUGUACAGCGUGGUCACCCCCAUGCUGAACCCCUUCAUCUACAGUCUGAGGAAUAAAGAUAUCAAGAGUGCUCUGAAAAGACUCUUUGAGGAAGAAAUUAUUAAAAGGCCCAUUUUCCUGGGUCUUAAAAAUUGCUUUUGA